CCUAAAGAAAUCCGCGACAUCAAGCAAUUCAUCAAAAUCACCCAGAGGAAGGAUGCUUCCCAGGCCCGCAUAAAGAAGAUCGCGGCAAAGGUUGCAGGCGGGAAGGUGCAGACCAAGUUCAAGAUCAGGUGUUCGCGGUAUCUCUACACAUUAUCGAUAGACGACCCAGAAAAGGCUGAGAAGCUCAAGCAAAGCUUGCCUCCCGGUCUCACUGUCGUGGAAGUUGACAAG